AUGGAGAAAGUGCACCAAGAUAUCAUCAAGGCAAACUACUCGACUUUGGUGAGAAACAUGAUGACUUCAUCGGUUGCUGAACAUCUAUUUGCCUCGAACAUUAUUACCGAUGAAAUGAAGCAACAGAUUGAGGCUGAAAAAACCAGUUAUGAUCGAAAUAGAAAACUGUUAAGCAUCAUACUGCGCAGAGGCCAAAGAACUUUUACUGGUCUCCGAAUGUCGCUCUUAAAAGCCAAUCAAAGAGACUUAUCUAAUCUUCUUUUACCCGAAAAAGAUACUGUGUCUGAAUACGACAAGAAGUUAGCCAUGGCUAGAUCUCUAGUUGUGAACAUGACAGAAACACACGAUGGUGACAACAAACCAAAGAGUAAACGUACAGAACGACAAAAGUCUCAAGAAGAGCGAUGCAGAAUCAGUCUGGAUGACUUCAAUGAACUUUUCCUUACAGCCGUACCUUUCAAGGGUGGGAUCAAUAUUCACAUUCGUCAUUUUACAGAGUCCAACGGUCGCCAUUUUGCAACGAAGAAGGGGGUUACAUUUCCGCUACCUCGAUGGGUGAUGUUUGAAUCCUUGCUUCCCGAUAUAGAAAAAUGUAUGCAGAACAAAGAAAACAGUUGCGAAAUGAAGUGGCAUAUUGGGGGCGGCGUUUACGUCUCCAUUAAUCCUGGAUAUUCUACAGUGGACAUCAGACACUUUUGGAAGCCAGAGGAUGCCGUCGACCCGGUUCCAACGAGGAAAGGUGUGACCCUGAACAAACAGAAACUGGCUAAAUUGCUUCAAGUUGCUCAGGAAGUACGAGAAUGUGUACCGGAGCUGAAUGACACAGAACUGUGCGCAUUUAGCGAAUCUCAUCAAAAUCAGCUGGGAAUGUUAAGUUGUACAGAGUGCACCCCCUUUGGAUAUGAACCCGAAGAAACCAAUAUAUCCACGGAAUGUAAUGUCGGUGACCCAGAAGACUUAUUGACAAUCGAUUGUGACACUGAAUAA